AUGCGCGCAGGCGCAGGCGCAGCCGUGGCCGUGGCCGUGGCCGUGUCUGUGGCCGUGGGCGCGGGCGUGCUCGGCGCCGUGGCGGGUCCGUGUUGGGCGCAGGCGCAGCCGUGGCCGUGGCCGUGGCCGUGUCCGUGGCUGUGGGCGCAGGCGCGGGCGUGCUCGGGGCCGUGGCGGGUCCGUGUUGGGUCCGUGGCGGGUCCGUGUUGGGUCCGUGUUGGGUCCGUGCCCCGGCGGUGGCUGACGGGGGUCCCGUGGGUGCAGGCGCAGCCGUGGCCGUGGCCGUGGCCGUGGCCGUGGCCGUGGGCGCAGGCGCGGGCCUCCUCGGGGCCGGGGCCGCCGCCGCCGCCGGCGCUGGGCCGCACGCUGGGCCGGUACCUGAGCUGCCUGGAGCCGCUGCUGGGCGCCGCGGAGCUGGCGCAGAGCCGCCGCCUGGUCCAGGCCUUCGGCGCCCCGGGGGGGCCGGGCCCCGGCUCCAGGCCCGGCUCCAGCAGCGGCCCCCCCCCGAGGGCCCCCACGGGGAGUGGCCCUGGGCGCCGCGGGGGGCGGCUCCCGCUGCCCGUCCACUCCAGCCCCGCGCUGGCCCUGCCCCGGCAGCAGUUCGACGGCUGGCGGGGGCAGCUCUGGUUCGCGGCCCGGCUCAUCGCUGGCGUCAUCGACUACCGGGAGCAGCUGGAGCGGCGCGUCCCCCCCGCCCCAUGGAUCGCGGCGGCCUUCGGCGCCUGCCGGGUGCCGGGGCUGGAGCGGGACGAGGUGCCGUGGGGCCCCGCGGGGCGCCGGCCCCCCAACUGCAUCACCGUCGUCCGCAACUACCAGUUCUUCCAGCUGGAGGUGUACCGCAGCGACGGGGCGCCGCUGGCCGAGGCCGAGCUCCACGCGCAGCUCCGGCGCCUCCGCGCCCAGUCCUGGAAGACGGACAAGGAGCCGCUCGGCGUCCUCACCGGCGACCACCGGCACUCCUGGGGCCGGGCCCACGGCGCCCUCGUGCGCGACCGGCUGAACCGGGAGUCGUGGGGGCGGCUCCGGCGCGGGCUCUUCGCGCUGAGCCUGGACGCGCCGGUGCUGAAGGUGUCGGACGGGCGGCUCCCGGCCCGCGUCGCCGCCCAGCUGCUCCACGGCGGCGGCAGCCGGGCCAACAGCGGCAACCGCUGCUUCGACAUGGCGCUCCAGUUCAUCGUGGGGGAGGACGGGACGUGCGGCGUCCUGUACGACCAGGCCGUGAUCGACGGCGCCGCCGUCGCCGACAUCGCCGACCACGUGCUCGACUACUGCCGCGGCCCCGCCCCCGCGCGCGCGGCGCUGACGCCGCUGCCCCUCCCCCGCAAGCUCUACUUCACCGUGGGGCCGGAGCUGCUGGUGGCGCUGGAGCGGGCGAGGAGGCACCUGGACAGCCUCAUCGCCGACGUCGACUUCUUCUGCUUCGACUACGACGGCUUCGGCGAGGAGCUGCCGCGCGCCCGGGGGCUGCGGCCCGGCGCCCUCGCCCACGUCGCCCUCCAGCUCGCCUACUACCGGACCCACGGCGCGCUCUGCGCCGCCUGCGAGCCGGUCUCGCUGCACCACGUGCUGCCCGGCUGCACGGACGUCGUGCGCCCGCCCGGGCCGCCCUGCCUCGCCCUCGCCCGCGCCCUGCGCGACCCCCGCCGCCAGCCGGAGGAGCAGCUGCGGCUGCUGCGGGAGGCCGUGGAGGCCCAGGGCGAGGUCACCGACCUGGUGCUGGCGGGGGAGGGCCCGGACCGGCACCUGCAGGGGCUGAAGCGCGAGGCGAUCGCGGGGGGCGAGCGGCUCCCCGAGCUCUUCAUGGACCCCGGCUACGCCGCGGCCACCCACUUCCGCCUCUGCACCGUGCAGGUGUCCUCGCGGGGGGGCUGCUGGCCCGUGCGGGGGCCGCUGGUGCCCGACGGCUACGGCGUGGGGCUGGCGCUGCGCCCGGGGGGGCUGCGCGUCGCCCUCGCCGCCUUCGCCUGCUGCCGCAGCACCCGCGCCCCCGCCCUGGGCGCCGCCCUGCGCGCCGCCCUCGACCAGCUGGGGGCGCUGCUGCGCGGCGCGGGGGGGCCCCCGUGACGGGCCCCCCCCCCCGGCCCCCGCCCCCUCCCUCGGUUUCGGGGCCAAAAACGGCCGGUUACGGAGCAAAAUAAAAGUCGCUUCGUGC